CAACACUCUUGAUUACUGUAUUACGCCCUAUCUCUGCCCCGCGCUCCGCCCUUCGGAGUAACACUGGAAUCAAUGCCGCGACGGAAUUGAAGUUGUCACUGGGUGAGUCAACAGAAAGAAUAGAUCCAGAUUAAUAGAGUCCUAGGAGAGGCGAAUUGCCUCGUCUGUGUACGGAAGUCAAACGAGCUCGGAAAUUUUGGACAAUCUAACCAUCAUGGCACAAGCAGACGUUAUUUUGCCGUCACUCGAAACGGUCCAGGAAAUACUCUCACAGCCACCUCCCCCAACAUCCAAGAAGCCUAAUAUUGUCCCUUUAUAUGGCCAGAUCUCUGCCGAUUUAAUAACACCCUCGGCUGCCUAUUUAAAGGUAUCAGCCCAUUCAAAGUCAGACUUCUCAUUUCUCUACGAGAGCGCAGCCACCGAGCGAGUCGGCCGCUAUAGCUUUGUGGGUGCUGGACCACGAAAGGUUAUCACAACGGGAGAGGGCCAUGGGGAGGCUAUAGAUCCUCUGCCGACCUUGGAAAAGGUAUUAGCAGAACGAGUGGUCGCCGAAGUACCAGAUCUCAGGUUACCGCCUCUAACCGGUGGUGCUAUUGGCUAUGUCGGCUAUGACUGCGUGCGAUAUUUUGAGCCCAAGACGGCCCGGCCGAUGAAGGAUGUCCUUAAGAUCCCCGAGUCGUUAUUCAUGCUCUUUGACACCAUUGUCGCUUUCGACAGCUUCUACGGCGUCAUCAAAGUUAUUACAUAUCUUAACAUUCCCGACGACCUUGCCUCCCUACCCGCCGAGUACGAAAAGGCCACCGCCGUCAUUCGCGACCUGAUUGAUGUUCUGACGGCCCCCGAGAUACCCAUUCCUGAACAGCAACCUAUCAAGCUAGGGCAAGAAUACACGUCCAAUGUUGGACGUGCAGGAUAUGAAAACCAUGUCACCGAGCUCAAGAAGCAUAUCGUCGUUGGCGACAUUAUCCAAGCGGUGCCGUCACAGCGAUUCGCACGCCCGACCUCCUUACAUCCUUUCAACAUAUACCGCCAUUUGCGCACUGUGAACCCGUCUCCCUACCUCUUCUACGUCAAUUGUCGAGACUUCCAGAUCGUCGGCGCCUCGCCCGAGCUGUUAGUCAAGGAGGAGGAUGGCCGUAUCAUCACUCAUCCCAUCGCCGGGACGGUGAAGCGCGGGAAGACACCAGAGGAGGACGAGCAGCUCGCCAACGAGUUACGGUCCUCGCUGAAGGACCGCGCCGAACAUGUCAUGCUCGUCGAUCUCGCGCGAAACGAUAUCAACCGCAUAUGUGACCCGCUGACAACGCGCGUCGACCGCCUCAUGGUAGUUGAGAAGUUCAGCCACGUCCAGCACCUCGUGUCACAGGUUUCAGGCGUACUGCGUCCCGGCCAAACGCGCUUCGACGCCUUCCGCUCCAUAUUCCCCGCCGGCACCGUCUCCGGGGCCCCCAAAGUCCGGGCCAUGGAACUGAUUGCCGAAUUGGAACAAGAAAAGAGGGGGAUUUACGCCGGGGCCGUCGGAUAUUUCGGUUACAACAGCGUAGACGCCAUGGGGAACGAGAAGGAGGGAGCCAUGGACACGUGUAUAGCGCUACGUACAAUGCUGGUCAAGGACAGCGUUGCGUAUCUCCAAGCUGGCGGCGGUAUCGUCUUCGACUCGGAUGAGUACGAAGAGUGGAUGGAGACGAUGAACAAGCUGGGCGCAAACAUGCAUUGCAUCACGUCGGCGGAGAACCUCUACGCCAAACGACAGAAAGCGUGAACAAUUUCCCUUUUGCUGAUUUAUAUCCAUAUCCAUAUAGACGUGUCUGGUGCUGUGAAUUAAUUAAAAGUCCGAUGCAUUGGCAUGGUUCAUCUCGUUUGAAGAUGCUGAAAGGCUUCGUUUUCCCAUUUCAUACGUACAUGUUCAGUAGCAAUGUGAUCCGCUUUCUUUGUGGAGGAAGUAGAGUAUAUUGGUAUAAUCCUUCUAGACAAAUUCUGUCUCGAUUGAUCGGUGAAUAAGGAUAAGAUUAGACGGGGAGUAUCGUUCCAUCAGAUCCAUUUCGGGAGUAUCAACGACUUUGAUUCUUCCCGCAGGAUCAGCUUCGGUCAUGACGCUGUCCCGGUCAAUAAAUAAAAAGUAUCUAGGUUACUCCUUCUAUACGAGAAAACGUAAUAUGGAAUUCCACAUGUAUGGUAGGAAGAUAGAUAGAUAGAGAGUUAAACAGAUAAAUGCGCAUCGAUCUGUCGAGAACAUCUACGUUGAAGCUAUAACUGACGUUCAGGUCCUUAGGUCGUAUAUGAACGAGAAGGUGCAUAGAGAGGGAUGGCGAAGACAUGAAUAAUCAUUUAGAACUGAGAUUCUUUCAUUUACAUGUCUUUGGUAUAUAGGUUUUUACGAUGUUUUCAUAGACCUCUAUUCUUCCCGCUAACUACCGAAAGUU